UCAACAAAUGACUUUGUCAAAGUCUUCCUUCAUCUUCACAAGUACAGCAACGACAGCUUCACACUUUCUUUUUUCUCUAUCACCUUACUCCUUACUCCUUUCCACUCUCCCCCAUCAUCACCUACCUCCCAAAAAUGCAACCCUUAACUUGAAUACCUGCAAAAUAGUUGGUGGUGUUUUCACUGUGAAUUCUUCUUCAAUCAGUUUCACCAAAAACUGCAGAAUCGUGAAGGAAACAUGGCUCAAUUCGAUAAAGAUGAGGUGCCAAUGCUGUCAGAAACACGCGCUCAACAAUUUGAUGAGCUCGAGGAUUUUAAUGUCCGGAGGUUCUCAUCCAGGACACGGAGUGCAUCAAUGUCUAUUCCUAUGGUCUCCAUGGAACCAUAUGAUACAAAACCUAAUCUCGUUGGACAUACCGGUCCACUUCGCAGUUUGAAGAAAACCCCUUUUGUGCAGAUGAGUGGUCCACUAUAUGCUACUCCAGCUGGAACUGGAAAUCUUUUGCAGCAUAGUAUUGCUGUGGCGGGAGAAAAAACAGCAGAGAGCAACACCGAUGAUUUUUCUACUUUUGAUGGUUCAGAUGAAAAUCACUGGAACAACAACAAUGAUAGAAAAAAUGAACACUUACUGAGGUCUGGGCAGCUGGGAAUGUGUAAUGAUCCAUAUUGCACUACUUGCCCUACUUACUUCAAGCCUUCUCAGAAAAGAAAUCCAAAAGCUUCAACUGUAUUUGAUCCCAAGUUUCAUAAUUUUCUUUAUGGGGAUGCGAAAGGUUUUGGAAGAAAACUUCUUUCUCUCUGCUCUUCAUGUGUUCCUGGAGUUAUGAACCCGCACGCUAAAGUUGUACAACAUUGGAACCAGAUUUUGGGAAUUUUUUUCUUGGUGGCAAUUUUUGUUGAUCCCUUGUUUUUCUUCUUAAUUUAUGUGAAGAAGGAUUCUAAAUGUAUUGCUAUCAACUGGACAAUGACAAAAACAAUUGUUUCACUUCGAAGCAUAAAUGAUGUUGUAUAUUUCUUCAACAUUCUUCUGCAGUUUAGGUUGGCUUAUGUUUCACCUGAGUCAACAGUGGUUGGUGCUGGAGAUUUGGUUGACCAUCCCAAAAAAAUUGCUCUUAAUUACUUGAAGGGUUAUUUUUUGUUCGACUUAUUUCUUGUAUUACCUCUACCUCAGAUUAUGAUAUUGUUUGUCCUACCAAAUUCCUUGGGGUCAUCAGGAGCAAAUUCUACUAAGAAUCUUCUACGUGCAGCAGUCCUUGUACAGUAUAUUCCCAGAUUAUUCAGGGUUUUGCCUCUGCUAAUUGGCCAAUCUCCAACUGGAUUCAUAUUUGAGUCAGCCUGGGCAAACUUUAUUAUAAAUCUUCUCAUUUUUAUGCUAUCUGGCCAUUCUGUUGGAUCUUGCUGGUACCUCUUUGGCCUACAGAGGGUAAAUCAAUGUUUGCGUGAUGCCUGCCAUCGUUCUAAUAUUAGUAAUAUGAUUGGAUGCAUGGAAUUGAUUGAUUGUGAUCCUAAGAUGGCCAACUUAUCACGUCUGUGGAGCAUCAAUGAAAAUGCCACUGCUUGUUUGGAUUCCGCAUCUAAUGCUUUCCCUUAUGGGAUAUAUGACAAAGCUGUUGCACUUACUACAGAAACUAGGGUGGUCAACAAAUAUGUGUAUGCGCUGUUUUGGGGCUUUCAACAAAUCAGUACUCUGGCUGGUAAUCAAGAGCCUAGCUAUUUUGUGUGGGAAGUCCUUUUUACAAUGGCCAUCAUAGGAUCUGGACUCUUGCUUUUUGCGCUUCUCAUUGGAAACAUACAGAACUUUCUUCAGGCUCUUGGACGGAGGAGGCUAGAGAUGCAACUUAGAGGCCGUGAUGUUGAGCAAUGGAUGAGCCAUCGUCGCUUACCAGACCAUCUUAGAAGGAGAGUACGAGAGGCUGAACGAUAUAGUUGGGCUGCAACAAGGGGGGUUCAUGAGGAAAUGCUUCUAGAGAAUUUGCCGGAAGAUCUCCAGACUGACAUAAGACGUCAUCUCUUCAAACUUGUUAAAAAAGUUCGAAUUUUUGCCCUGAUGGAUGAACCUUGCUUAGAUGCCAUUCGUGAGAGACUAAAACAGAAGACAUACAUCAAAGGAAGUAGAAUUUUGACUAGUGGUGGUCUUGUAGAGAAGAUGGUCUUUGUUGUGCGUGGAAAAUUAGAGAGCAUCGGAGAAGAUGGAAUUGGAGUUCCAUUAUCGGAAGGGGAUGCUUGUGGUGAAGAACUUCUCACAUGGUAUCUUGAACAUUCUUCUGUAAGCAAAGAUGGUAAAAAAGUAAGGCUUCCAGGACAGAGGUUGCAGAGCAACAGAACAGUAAAAUGCUUAACAAAUGUGGAGGGAUUUUCACUCCGUGCUGCAGAUCUUGAAGAAGUAACAAUUCUUUUCACAAGAUUCUUGCGGAGCCCUCAAGUCCAAGGAGCUUUAAGGUAUGAUUCACCUUACUGGAGAUCCCUUGCAGCAAACAGAAUUCAGGUUGCAUGGAGAUACAGGAAGAAACGUCUAAGUCGUGCUAAUACCUCACAAGGGCUUUGAUUCAUUCACACCCCACUUUUUCUUCUAUCUGAUAUCCACACAUUUUCUUCACACUCGUCUCUUCUUUUCUUAUCACAUAAUCCAUCCUAUCUUUCAUUUAUCUCUUUUCUAUUUUGUAUCUCUGUGUGUGGAGUUCCAAUCAAUCUUUUCCCCAGAAGUUGUAGGUUUUGCUGUAACAUAUUGAUUAGCUACACCUUGGCAUAGGUUGUAUUCUAGUCUUGGGUAUAGUAGUUUACGUUUCACCUCUGAGUUUAGGUUUGCUCCAAUUGCCAAGGCGUUAUGUAGUAGGAAUUAUGUAAAGAAUUUAGUGUAAAUGUAAGCAAGUCUUGAAUUCA